GUAGCAUCUGCCUCCGAGAUCGAAACAUUCAAACAUACUUCACGUCACACGGGCAAAUACUCUGAUGCCUUGAUGAACAAGAUAACUGACCACAAUAUCGUUGCUCUCUGGGAGUGGCAUACAGCGAACUUACGGGGGAAACCGAACGCAAUCGAAUCACUAUCACGGGACCGUCUAGUGACGCUCAACAAUAUAUUUAACCGACCGUUGCAAAGAAACACACAACCGGCACAGCUCAAUCGCAUUCUGAACUUGAACGCGUUGCAAACCUUGUACAGAAAUAGUCCCAUUCAGCAGACUGAGGGGAUCACACACAACAAAGACACUCAGUACGGUAAUAUGUUACUGUGCACUCCGGAAGCCUUUGUGUACGAUCAGAGCAGGUUGGCUGACAGCGCAGAGCCUAUGGUGUUGCGAUUUGCAGCGGAUCCCACUCAGUUGUCUGCGGCAGAGAAUGAGAUGACCGAGACGCGCUUCAUUAUGAUGUGCUGUGCAGCACAGGCGGCCCAUUUAGUGCGGGUUAAAAAGCCCAAGACGAAUCCUACCAAGGCCAAACAGAAGGCCAAAACAUCGUGUGAACGUGCAGAGGAUGUGGGCGAACUUCAUGAAGUCAAAGUGAUAGAGAAAGAUGAUCAAUGGGAACUUAUGUGCUGCAGAGUGAUUGCUGACAUCCUUCAAGUGAUCGAAACAAAGUUUGAGGAAGGCACGCCACAGCUACUGCGAAACAAGGAGUACAAGAGGACUACUUUGUGUCAGGCGGCAUACAAGACACAACUAAUGACAGUUACGGAGUGGAAGGCGAUGAAGCCCAACAGAAAGCCGGCAUGGUGGCCUCUGGCCAGAGGUGAAUUGCCACGGAGUGGCUUGUAUGUAACCAUGGUGAACGAUGAACACGCGGGAUGUACACCCGCCAAAUGUUCCAUACUAGUUGGGCAAGGUCGUUUGAUUCAAGAUCGCUUGAGUACAGAGACUAGCUCAAUCCAUACCAACGAACUCACCCGUGACACCGUGCCGAUGCAGAAGGAUAUCGGUAGGGUUACGGAUCCAGCCGAGGAAGCAGGGACCAGUCGAAGAAGCUCUGUCGACUGUGAGGAGGCAAACACUUGUGCAAAUGCAAACGCAACACAAUGGUCAUUCCCAAUUGUCACUGAAGCCAUGCUUGCACAGUUCAAUAAUAUCCGCAAUUUGGCAAAUACAAGUUCGGUACACGACAAUGCAUCAAAAUAUGAGCGUUGCAACGAAAUUAUGAAACAGAUAAAGUUGUACUUGACACAAUCUAACAAGGUAGACGAGUACAUAGAGAUGCAGCAAAUGAUAUUGGCAAAGUUGAUGAACGAAGAAAUUAAUAACCAGCUUAAAAACAAACCAGGCGGACGUAACAAACGAACACCUGCAUUGCAUGAAGGACACCACAACGCAAAGAGAACGACCAAAAAACCCAAACCCAAUCAGGCUAUGUAG